AUGAGCGGUACUUUACAGGUUGCUGGACUAUGUUUAGUGGGAGUGACAGCUUUCGCGGUCUUGUCGCUGGUGGUAGGUGCUUCGGCAUCACACGAACCGCGGUUUCAUAUUCGACCAAUCUCCGGUGAUGUUAGCGCCCCUGUCGUCCCCUACCGUGAUUUGGAAACGAAAAAGAUGCACCUUUUCAUGCGAUACACACCAAAGGAUCCAGUGGCAGAUGAAAUCGCCUUUUACCAUUUUAUUUCCAUGGAUUACCUGAACUGGACAGAUAACGGUGUCGUCUUGGAGGCUGACGUUGGGUAUGGACUUGAGGGCUGGUCUAUCACUUGCAACUCCGAUGGUUCACCAGUGAUUCUGUACACAUGCAACGGGGAAGAGGAAAAGGGUGCCUGCACUGCUGUACCGCCUGGAAAUGAUCUUACCUCUGAUGAACCAUUAUUUCUUAACGCACUUUUGCGGUGGGAUGAGAAACCUGUGCUGACACAUAGCACUUUAGCCGGGCAGUAUGACCCAUCCGUAUUUGGAUACCCGACGAAUUUCUGGAAGAAUCCUGACAGCAGUUCGGAGUGGCUUGUGGCGUUUGUGAUGAAUAUUAGUGAUACCAAAACAGGUGUACCCAACGCACACGCCGUAGUCUUCGCCACUGCCGAUCCCACCUUGCUUUCGGACUUUUACUACUCUCAUACCCUUUGGGUAAAUACACAUAGUACCGGGGAGACGAUGGAAUACUUUGAUAUAUUCGAGCUGGAUGAGAAGUACUACGUUAAGUUUUCUGCAUCGUCGCGUGCUUUCCUGCAGGACUACUGGGUGUACGGUGAAUACUCGCAUGCUGAGAGUGACAAGAGGGUCUUUGUUGAAGAUAUGGAGCGCACACCGACGUUGGUCGAUUACGGCACUUGGUAUGCAUCGAAACCCUACUUUGAUCCAGUCUUGAAGCGUACAAUUUUAUGGGGCUGGAUACCCGAGGAACAAGAUAUCAAGGCUGCUGCUUCUGCCAAAGGGUGGUCAGGUGUUAUCGGUAUGCCGCGUAAUAUAGAGUACGAUGAAGUCGCACGCAAACUCAGGACCUACCCGAUCCCAGAACUUGAGAGCCUGCGCCGUAAUACCAGGAGAGAAACUGUUUUGGUUGGCGCAAACGAGGUGGAGGUAUUCAAUCUCACUGCUCCACUACACUAUGAGAUUACCGUCGAUUUCACCAUUCCUGAAGAAUUUACUACCAAGAUGUCAGAGAAGACAGAUACCGCACCUUCAUUCGGUAUCCUAGUGCGCUACAAAAACAAUGACGUGAACACCCGCAUCGCAGUAACGAUGCCGCCGACAGCAAACUUGGGAAAAGGCUAUACACAAAGGGAAAGACCGUACAAGAGAACAGUCGUCCUGUCAACUGAAGAGUGCUCCGAAGGUUGUGCUGCUGAUCGUCGUUGCGCCUCUUGGAAGGCUGUAGAUAUGAGGAAAUCUACCGGGCGGGUGAACUGGGAAUGCGUUUUCAUGAGCUCCCUUGACGUUGUUUCCGUCGCAAACGCUUCUACGGUAACAGGGCGUGUGCGAGAUCCCAUGUUGGUUAUGGACUGCACAAUGUCUGGCAUGACUGGAUCCCCCAUCAUAUGGAGCGGCCGGGCUCCUCUGUUAGAAGCGCCGCAUGUACAACUGAGAGUGUUUGUGGAUGAUACCAUCAUUGAGGUGUUCAAGGACGGUGGUUUAGAGUCGCUGACGGGGCGGGUUUAUGUCCCAGCAGAAUACUCUGGUAUUGCAUUCUUUGCAUCCAACAUGAAGGCACCUGUGACUGUUUCAGUUCACUUUUCCGAGAUGGAUAGGGUUUACGACUUGAAUGCAACUGGCAAUGCAACUGGGAAUGUGAGUGUGGAUGCUGCGUGGCGCGAAGUGAUGGUGCAACUCGUUCUUGCAGCGCUUCUAGCUGUUUGUGUGCUUCACGUUGUGCUGCUACAGCCUUUCCUGUGA